UGGCACAGCCAGAGCAAGACAGUGCCUGGAAGAAGGAAGCAGCCAAGGGGUCGGAAGUGUGAGCUCAACAAAAAUUCCAGCAGCAGCUACUUGGAUACUGAAAAAUUGAAAUCUAGCAGAGUUUCCACUCAGGAUCCUUCGCCUGCUAUCAAUUAAUCUGGAUUCAGAACUGAACCUAGCAGAGGAGAACCUACAGCAUUUCCAAGGUGUGACCCUGCGUCAUCCUCCCUUCACCAUUACAGCUGGCCAUGAAGAGUAAGGAUGAGACCAGUGAUACAGACAGUGGGAUCAUAGUGCAGUCAGGACCAGACAGCCCCAUGUCUCCGAUGAAGGACCUGACCCAAGCUAUGAGGAAGCAGCAGCGAGUUCUGGAGGAGCGGCUGGAGGCUUGUGUGCAGGAACUGAAAAGGCUGUGUUUACGUGAGGCGGAGCUGACAGGAAUGCUUCCCUCAGAGUACCCUCUGAAAGCAGGAGAGAAGCCCCCAAAGGUCCGUCGUCGAAUUGGGGCAGCUUUCAAAUUGGAUGAAAAAGCUAUUGUCUUAAGAGGAGCGGAUCCAGUGAGCACACUGGAGAGAGAUCUGGCUCUACAGCUACAGAUUGCUGAGGCUGCACGGUGUCUCUCCCGGGAAGAGAAUCUCACCAAGCAAGUCCGUAAGCGCCGGAAAAGUGCUGUGUUGAAGGAGGAAAAAAAGCUGAAGGACUUAGAGCAAGCCCUCAAUGAAUACCGCCUGGCAUCCCGGCAUUUGAUGCCACUCAGGGCCAGUGCUCCCACCUUAGAAGGGUUUAAUGUCUCUGAUGAGAGCUCCCUGUCAGAUGUCGCCCUUGUAGAAGAAGCGCCCCAAGAGCUGAACUCUCAUCCUCCAUCAAAGCUUCCCUCCUCCGCUCAUCUCCAACCUUUACAUGGUUCUUCAGAUCAGCCUUUUCCUGCUAGCUUGCCAGAAGGACAAAUUCACUACCAACUCACAGAACUGGAAUGUGCGCCCAUCCAGAACAGCCCCUGGAAGGAGACCAGUCUGGAUAAACCCUACGAGAAGACCAAGAAAUCUUCUGAACCCAGCAGCAUACCAAGUAGUCCAAGCCUGAUGGCCCAGCCAGCACCCAGCUCGGUGACUCAAAGGACAGCGGAGCCACUUUUGUGCCACUUUGUUCCUGCAAGGAAGAUAGAAGUCAGGAGACAGGCUGGUUCUAGUGCCCCACCGACGCCAGAGUUCCUGGGAAGGAGAGGGCAAUCCCAAACCAUAAGGAUGUGUUCAUCCCGGGAAGGUUUGGAAUCCCGUGGAAGAAGCGCCCUACCAAGGCGGCGUCCUACCUACUAUACUGUCACUGUUCCUGAUUACUGCUUCUCUGCACCCAAACCCAACCCUGCCAUCAAACCCACCUAUCAUUCUGCCUCAGAAGACAGUAAUUCAGAUGUCUCCAGCAUCUCCUAUACAACGUCGGCUGGCAGCAGCAGCCCUGAUAUCUCGUUCCUGAAGCCACUACCCCCAACACCCAUGGAAGAGGCUUUGCAGCCAUUCCAGAGCCAGGUCUGCAAGGGACAUGAAACAGAAUACCACUCCCAGGGCCCUCAGAAGCUGCUGUCACCUCCAGGCUACUUCUCUGCCAUGGAGUAUGCAUCUGAAUGUCUGGUGCCAGCUGGAAGGGAGCCCUGCUACAGUCGUCCAUCCUUUCUUUCUGCCAGCUCUGCCCACUUUGCCUAUGCGGAAGAAGCUGUGCCGUUGAGGUUCCAUAGGUCAAUUGUUUCCCAAAGCAGGGUGGUGCGUACCCCUUCUCUGAAGGACUGCCUCCCUUGUCCUUCCACAGGCCCUCGGGUAUUGUCCAAGUCAGCUGUGACAGAAGAGCUAAAAUCAUGGCAUGAACGGACCCGCCUGCGCAAUGCACGGCCACAUUCACUGGACAGGCAAGGUGCUUUCCGCAUGCGCAGUGGGCCAGGUAGAGAGUUGCGCACUGCGUGUUCCAUGGGACAGCAAAUGCAGGUUCCGUGUGUCCAUAUUCUGAAACGCUCUCCUGAGGGAGCUCCUGUACAGGUUUACGUGCCAGAGAACGGGGAAAUCAUUACUCAGGUCUAGAAAGCUACUUCCCACAUCCACCUCACAGAAUCAGGCAUCGUCAGCAGGCUGACUAUUGACUUGAAGAUGAGGAGGUUGUCCCAGGCCAAGCCCUGGCCUGCUCUUCGGCCUGCUGUUCCUGCUACUUGAAGAGAAGAUUUAAGAUCUACGCUGGAAGCCACAAGAGACAGCUACUCAGCCUUUCCCUUUUGUUCCUGAGCGGAACUAACAUAGUAGACUUCUUGUGUUGGACAGUUGUGUUCCUUUAACGGAGGACUUAGUGAAAUACACAAGAUGGCAAGAACCAAUAGUACUAAUGUUUGUCUGUCUGCCUAUUUAUUCAUCUGUUUGCUAGAGUGGAAAUAUCUUGGGAUGCUUGCAACUUAGGAGAACAACUAAGAAUUUCAGACAGCUUCUAGAAAAGGAAUCAAGCCUGACUACAUGACUUGACUCUCCCCAGUAGAAGUGGCAUGUAUGUACUUUCUCAAAGGCUCAGUUGUUGUCUCCUCUAGUCUUACAUCAAACUAUGUGUUGAAAGCCAGCAGAUCAGGCCAGACCAAAGAAACAGGCAUGCCUUCUUGAGUGUAAGUUACACUCUUCUCAGUGUGCUACACUAUAAGGAAGUUUUGUUCACAACUCCUGCCAUCGCUUUGGUUCUGAAUCACAGAUUCCAUAAUUUCAGUUUUAGUGGAAAUUUCUACUUAAAAAAUGGCCCCAUUUCAUGGGUGAAAUGUUGCUCUAUUUUGUAUGUAGCUAAUCCUAACCCUCAUUAUUUUAUGGGAAGUGGAAGAGUUUUUCCAUUUACAUUGUAUCUCACUGUAUUUAGAAAUCUCCUCUCCUUGCUUAACAGCUAGUUAUCUUACUACUGACAAAAUGUCAAUUGUUCUCUUGAAUUGUAAUGAGAAAACAGCUGCUAUAAUAUCAGCUUCCAAUGCCAGAUACAGGAUGGGCAUGCUUGCUCAAGCAGGAAGGCAAUUUUGCUGACCACCCUACUUACCUGUCUGACAUGUCCUGCAGAAACAUUCCUUGGGUCAAACCAUUUAAACCACACCCUCAUUGCAACCAUCUGGAGGCAGUUUCUGGUCUUCUCAUAUGAUGAUACCAGGUUAGGGUUGCCACCUUUUUUUUGUGAUAGGGCUCCCAUUCGUUUAACAGCUACAUGAACAGCAUAAAUUUAGUAGUAUAAUUUAUUAUACCCGCAUUGUGCUAAAAGUUUCAGCCAUGUUCUGCUGACUUUCAUACAGCUGUUCAAAAGCACACAACCCUUGCUGUUUGGCUGGAAGAAGUUCCUCCAGUCUAAGGAACCCCCUGCCAUUUCUGUGGGAGAAAGAGCUACAUAAAUCAGAGGAAGCUUCUGUAGGCUGCAGGAAGGUUUCAGAUUUUGCUUAGUGGAGUGGUGGGAUACAACUCACUGUAGAGUUGUGGCUAAGAGACCAAAGUACAAUCCAAUCACACCUUUGCCUGUGAGCAAACUGGGUGGUCUUAGACAAGCCAUUCUCUUAACCUCCACAAUACCAGGAUAAUAAUACUGACCUAACAUAUGGAUCUGUUAUUACAGCAAGGUUAUGUAUGUGAAGUGCUUGAGUACUUGAGAGUGCAAGUAGUACUUGAAAGUACUACACAAAGGCUAGGUAUUGUUAUUGGCAACUUUAUAGUCAGUAAUCUUAAACCCAUUCAUACUAGUUUUGAGGGGGUUGAGGUUAUUCAGUUAACUUUUUAGAUGCUUUUCAGUAUGUCCAGAUUUCAGCCUACUCCAUCCUCUCAGUCAACGCUUCAAAGCCUCCAAAUUAUGAUAAUCUGCCCAGAAACCAUCUCCUCCUAUACCUUAGUCUCAGCUCAGCACCUCUCCCACGGUAGUUCAGUGCCAGCAUAUUGCCAGGGCUGUGCAUAUGCUGUGCUUUAAGAUCAAAAUUCCACUCUACAGAUGCUCUAAUUCUAUGCCCAGGAAAUUGAAACCUACAGCCUGGGUAUAUUAAUUCUGUAAGUUAAACAGAACGUGUAUAAUUUUACUUCUGCUAGUUAUGUGAAGGAAUGGGUUAUGCAGGAUACUGAAGCUCCACUCCCUGACUAUUAAAAAAACUAUGCUCUGUCCUUCCUCUGGCUUCUUGAAUUUCAACAGGUAUUCCCCACACUCAAAUAGCUUACAAUUUUAAGAACUUGCCUCUUCAAACAAUAAAAAUAGAUUCUCAGGAUGCUGUUCUAUGCUAUGGCAUGCAGUUGCAGGGUGUGUACAGCUUUUGUGUUGCUCUCCCUUGCCAUCUAUUGCAAUGCCAGUCUAGGCAGCCAGGUGUCUUUAAUCUUUGUUUGUUUGAUAGAAUAGGGAUGCUGAAUCACUAAUUAUGGUACCAUAAUGACUGAGUAUGUGCAGUAUCUGCAACACACACAUUGUUCUUGAGAUUAACUUAUUUGUUCAAGUUUUGCCACUGGUGAUCCUGUGUCCCUGUGUGUAACAGUCGGUCUGGAUUUACCUCUAAACACUGUUAAAUGCAUUUUAACAUUUAA